UAAUCUCUUUAUGAAGAGAUUAUCUAAAAUUUAUCUCAAGUAUCUGCGGAUUAUCUCAUAAAGUUUGAGAUGAUGUUCAAAAAAUUUCUCUCUCUCUUAUCGCGCAGAGUUCGAACAUGUGACAACAAUCGACAACAAAAAUAAGAUUUUGAUCAAAACAAAAUAGUUUUUUCUUGACAAGGAACAAUAAGAAAGUUACGACAAUUGAAAUGGAAGAUACGGUGAUAAAUAGUGAUGAAUUAAGUAAACUUACAUUUACUUGUAAGCCAAUUAAUAAUAGGAUAAAUUCACCUCUUGCUGUAGUGAUAUCGGCAAAUGAAUCGAUGAAAAUUAAUGAUGUGAAACAAAUUUUAUUAAAAAGUCUAGACACAUCUGAAGCCAAAUUAGAUAAUGUUUCAAUGGCAAAAAUUUCAGAAGACAAAAAAUAUAAUCUACUAAUGAAAAAUUGCACUAUCAAGGGAACAAAGGCAAUAAAAAAAUAUAUUUACGCUUUUGAACUUAAUUUCGUAAAAGUAAACUCCACUUGUCCUAUGUGUAAUUCAAUAAAUUUUGGUGAUUUAAAAUUUCACAAGAAGUGCAAGAAUUAUGUCAUUUUAUGUGAUGAUUGUACAGAACACUUCGAAAAAAUAAAAGGCGUAUUCUAUUGUUACUCGUGUAUGGCGGAGUCAACGUCAGAAAAAGAUUUUAUCACAAUUGACAAAAGAGAAACUUUAAUUUCAAUUUUAAAUCUUUCAAUUUCUCUUUCUGAUAUCAGUAGAACUUCUUCGACGAAUAAUUCAACAAAAAGACAAUAUCCUUUUUUCUUUACACUGACGUUCGAUAAUUUCGCAAAAAGCGAAUCAGAUCAGGGAGAAAAAAUCUCUGUUCACUUCAUUGACACUGAGGAUCAUCAAUGUUCAUUAUCGUGUUACUAUGAAGAUGAAUGUCUUCCUAGCAAGGAAUCAUCAAAAUCUGCCCGCGAAAAUAUGGUCUCUGUAUGUGAUUAUUCUUGCAUUCAAUCCUUAAAUAAUGGUGACACUGAAAAUGAGCACGAUUCAAAUGUAAAAAAAAAUAUCGAAUCAAUUUUACAAACUCCACAGUCUCAAAUUACUUUGAAUAAAGUAGAUGAGACUCUUGACGACGAUGAAGAUGACGAUGAUAAUGAUGAUGAUGAUAAAAGUAUUGUUGAGAAAAAAUUUAUCACUCAGAAGGGCGAAAAAAUAAGCAAUGGUGCACUUGAUUUAAGCGUCCUCGAAUGUUUAAAUGAAAAAUCACAAAUACUAUUGGACUCGACUGUGAGAAAAUUACACGAAAUUGAAGAGCUUGCGUCAAAUUUCAAAAUGAAUCGCCCUUCAAGAAGAAGUAUCAAGCCCUUUGAAAAUUUAAAAUUCUCCGGAAGAGAUGAUACAACGCAUCCUGUACGUUUUACCGAGGACUUUGAUUUUUUCGCCAAACAAGAGGAAUUAACCGAUUAUGAGAAGCAAUUUUACUUUGGUCAAUCGCUUAUAAAUGAAGCUGCUGAAUGGUUAAAAAUUCAAGGCUACAGUAAAACAUUCGAAACAAUGAGAAAAUCAUUUCUCAAUUUUUUCUGGAAUCAACAAGACCAAAAUUGUUUCAUAACAUUUUUAAAACAUGGAAAGUACAACGAAAAGAAUGCAAAAUUAUCCCGUUCUGUCUAUUUUUACAAAUACGCAAAAGAAGCGAAAUUUCUCGACAAUCCACCAAACGAUGAAAUUCUAAUUGAUUGGCUCAUUGAACAUUUCGAUGUUUACAUUCAAAUGAAAUUAUCAAAAAUUCAUAAAAAAACAAUCGACGAAAUUUAUCGUUUUCUAAAAGAUUUAGAAUUCACCAACGACAAACCAAAAAAUUCAACUAUCGAAGUUCCUUUAAAUUUUUUCAGCUCGUCAUCGUCGAAGAAAAGUCGAAAUGGAUCGUGGAAAGAUUGUCUGAACAAUAAAUAUGACAUAAUUCAAAAGGAUAGGCAAAUUUCCUACAGAUGUACAACAACGAAAUUAUGGCCAAUGCACACAUUGAGUUAUAAUAAUCCAAUGUCAGAAAUGAGACAUUUUAAUGUCACAAGCGAUGAGAGUUCAAUGCAUUUUUUAAUCGAUAUCCCAGAGAAAAUUUAUUGGAUUUUCACCGAAAUCGAUGAAAUGAAAGAGUAUCAAGUGUUGGGCCCGGUGACAAUUGCUAAACAAAAUGAAAGACAAUUAAUUGUAAGCACAUGUUCGACAUUUAAGACACGUGAGAAUUUAAUUGCCGGUCAACUGUUGUACUUUAUGCGUGACAGUAUCGCUAAACCCUGUGGCAUAAUAACUUGUUCGAUAACUGAAGAUUCAGAGUAUCGAUACGUUAUUUCGAAUAAAAACGAGCGAAUCGUGUGUUUACUUUGUAAGGAGAAAAUUGAUGAAAUCAUUUUCUCCGAUAAUCGAACAAUUGCUGUUAAUGAUUUCAUUGUUAGGUAUUAUGAGCAAAAAUUUUACAAAUCCAAACAUAUUUUGAGAUUUUUGAAUGAAAAUUUUUGUACGAUUUAUUCUGUUUGGGAUAAGGCUGGCGAAAAGUACGAUCCCCUAAAUCCAAACUAUCACUAAGUGGACUUUUUAAAGUUAAAAAAAAAAUAAAUAGAAUAAUAUUUAAAAAAUAUUAUUUAAAAAAAUUUCUAUUUAAAAAAAUAAUAUAAGAAAAUAUUAUUUAAAAAGAUAAUAUAAAAAAAUAUUUGAAAAAAAAAUAAAGUUAGAUUUAUAACGCGAGAAAAGAAUAUUUCGAAUCAGGAAAUAUUUUGAAAAUUAUAUUUAAAACCAAAGGAGUAUUAUUUCUGUUCAAUGUUUUUUUUAUACGAAUUAACCAAGUUUUGUAAUUUUUCUUAAAAAUAUAUUUUUUAUUUCUUCAAUA